AAGAUGACCGAACGGGUUUAGGCUACAACGACGCACUAUUGUCUCUCAAUGUACACCUUUCAAUUUUAAUUUCAUUUAUCGAUUUUCCGGCGAUAACUAUUUGUUCCAUCGCCACCGGAUUCUCAUAGCUGCAACUGGUGGCGGCAGCCAUGGCUAGAACAGUUUGCUCUCACAUUAUCCCCUCUCUUCUUCUCCCUUCAAAGUCAUCCUUCUUCGGGACUCACUCUCUCUUCUCCAGACCUUCUCAGUUCGACCAUGUUAUGGUGCUUGGCCGACGCUUCUCUUCUUCAUCCAAGAUCAGCAUGAGCCUCAGAGCCGGUAUUGUUGGCCUCCCUAAUGUUGGAAAAUCCACUCUCUUCAAUGCUGUUGUUGAAAAUGGGAAGGCUCAAGCUGCCAACUUCCCUUUCUGUACAAUAGAGCCAAAUGUAGGAGUAGUUGCAGUUCCAGAUCCCCGUCUCCAUAAACUUUCUGAUCUCAGUAAGUCUCAACGAGCGGUCGCAGCAUCAAUAGAGUUUGUGGACAUUGCUGGGUUAGUGAAAGGAGCCAGUCAAGGAGAGGGACUCGGAAAUAAAUUUUUAUCCCAUAUUCGUGAGGUGGAUUCAAUACUUCAGGUCGUGCGUUGUUUUGAGGACAAUGACAUUGUUCAUGUGAAUGGGAAAAUUGAUCCAAAAACUGAUAUUGAUGUGAUUAACUUAGAGCUUGUUUUUUCAGAUCUGGACCAGAUUGAGAAAAGAUUAGAGAAGCUCAAGAAAGGCAAGGCAAAGGAUUCUCAGUCUAAAGUCAAGGAAGAAGCGGAGAAGUCUGCAUUGGAAAAAAUUCAGAAGGUCCUGUUGGAUGGAAAACCAGCACGAUCGGUAACGUUAACAGAUUUUGAAAAGGAUGCUAUAAAGCAUCUUUGCCUGCUUACAAUGAAACCGGUCAUAUAUGUGGCCAAUGUUGCAGAAUCUGAUCUAGCGGAGCCUGCAAGUAAUCUUCAUGUUAAAGAAGUUAUGGGUCUUGCUUCAGAGUUGCAAUCUGGAAUAGUGACGGUUUCUGCACAGGUUGAGUCCGAGCUUUCUGAACUUCCAUCAGAAGAGAGGUUUGAAUAUUUAAAAUCUCUUGGUGUAAGUGAAAGUGGCCUGGGAAAUCUUAUAAGGGCAACCUAUAACCUUUUGGGACUCCGUACAUAUUUUACUUCAGGCGAAAAGGAAACAAAAGCCUGGACCAUACUUGCAGGAAUGACUGCACCACAAGCUGCUGGAGUCAUUCACUCAGACUUUGAGAGAGGGUUCAUCCGUGCAGAGACGGUGGCUUAUGAUGAUUUUGUUGCUGCGGGUUCAUUUGCAGCAGCAAGGGAGAAAGGACUUUUGAGAGCCGAGGGUAAAGAAUAUAUCGUCCAGGAAGGGGAUGUCAUGCUCUUUCGUUUCAAUGUUUAGCAGCUGCAGAGUUUGACCAAGCUGUCUGAGAACCAGAAAAUAUAUUGGUUUUUUCUUUUUGCAAGGUCGAAGACUUGCAGUUGAUUUAUCAUUUUGAUGUUUUUGGGGAUUCUCAUUGUUUAAGUUCGUCUUUUGUUGGUCAAUGGGAGCCAGAACCAGGUAUGAGUUAACAAUUUUGAAUGUAGAGUGCAUAGUUCAGAGCAUAAAAAGAUAUAAAUAGGCUGCAAAAGACAAACAUACACAUAAAAAGUUAGGGAGAGUGGGUUGGUGGUGGAAAGGGAUAUGUACCUUUAAGUAUUGACCACAAAAUUAUAUAUGAGCACUUCAAUUUCUUCCUUCUAUUGUUUGAAAA